GUUUUAUUUCUACCAAACAAAUACAAUAAUAAACUGGCUCUCUCUCUCUCUCACUCAUGGAAUCAACGAAGAAGCAAGUAUCCUUGGAGGUGCUUCCAUGGUUAGUUGUUCACAGCGACGGAACGUUAGAGAGACUAGCCGGAACCGAGAUUUGUCCACCUGGUUUAGAUCCAGAAACCGGGGUAUUAUCUAAAGAUAUCAUCAUUGAUUCUAAAACCUGUUUAUCAGCCCGAAUCUACAGACCUGACUCGAUUCAACCCGACCAAAAGCUUCCGCUCGUGCUCUAUUUCCAUGGCGGCGCAUUUCUUAUCGCCUCUGCCUCCCUACCCAAUUACCACACCAGCGUUAACAAACUCGUCGCGCAUGCCAACAUCAUCGCCGUGUCUGUCAAUUACAGAUUAGCACCAGAACAUCCACUUCCUACCGUGUACGAAGACUCAUGGAACGCACUACAAGGGGUCCAAGCCGGAAACGAGCCAUGGAUCAACGACUACGCCGAUUUCAACCGGUUCUUCCUAGCUGGAGAUAGCGCUGGAGCUAAUAUCUCGCACCACCUCGCGUUCCGAGCCAGACAAUCGGACCAGACUGUGAAAAUCAAAGGCAUCGGAAUGAUCCAUCCGUAUUUCUGGGGAACGCAACCGAUUGGCUCAGAGGUCACAGACGAAGCGAGGAAACAAAUGGUAGACGGAUGGUGGAGAUUUGUGUGCCCGUCCGGGAAAGGAUCCGAUGACCCGUGGAUCAACCCGUUUGCGGAUGGGUCACCGGAUCUUGAAGAGUUGGGGUGCGAGAGAGUGAUGAUUACUGUGGCAGAGAAAGAUAUUUUGAGAGAAAGAGGGAAAAUGUAUUAUGAGAGAUUGGUGAAGAGCAAAUGGAGAGGUAAAGCUGAGAUACUGGAGACUAAAGGGAAAGAUCAUGUGUUUCAUAUUUUUGAGCCUGAUUGUGAUGAAGCUGGGGAGAUGGUACGUCGUUUGGCUUCGUUCAUAAACCAAGUCUAAGUUUAAAUCUAUUUUCGCUCAAUUUUUCUUUUUCGUUAUUUGAUGGCGUUUGAUAUGUUUGUAACAAUUUCUACACCUUUGUUAAUAAUGUUGUCCGGUUCCCUUUAAAGAUAAAUUAUCCUUGAGUUAUUCUGUGAGAUGAA